AUAAUGGAAAUUGGAAUAAUGCUGUGACGUUUGAAGUCUGAUAAAAUUCCAAGGGAGAUAGGAUGAGAUAAUGGAAAACAAAGAACAUGCACCACAAGAUGCUAGAUUAUCAUUAGAAACAAGAGCCGUCCUUGAGGUGUCAGGGCGUAUGUUCAUCUUUUAUUUGAAUUACCGGCAAAACGUCUUUGCGUUGGAAGGAAAUGAAGGGGUCUUGGUGCGUUGACUUCUGCUGGCACUCAGGGUAUAAGAUUCCGACUUCAUGACUGUCUCACCUUCAUAUGCCUCGAUUGUUUGUGUCCCUCCCCCUUUCCCUAGUUCGCUGCAGCUCCAGUGUGUUUUCUUGAAGCUGCCUAGGAGCCCAAGGAACAGCGACUAUAUGUGAAUAUGAACCAUUUCUAGGUAUGGCCGUCCAUAGGCGUGACAUCGCCGGGCUUUUCAUGUCCCCAUUUCUUUUUUCCACCGUCUUUUCCUGUUUCUUGACGUGUGCCUUCUGAAAUUCCCUGAGCAGCUCUGCCGCUGUCGUCAGUUACGCACACAGUAUCAUUCCUUCGUCACUGUAUUUUUUCACCCCAAAUAGGUCUUUCUGGAGGAAUGAAGAUCCAGUGUGUGGUAUCAUUUCUCUCACCUGCAAAGUUGUUUUAUUUGUUUUGCAUUGUUUGACGUCUCAGCGAAGGCUAAGAUUUGCGUGUUCGUGCUCGUGUUUCACACCAGUCUGAACGUCCUGAGUCGCUUUGUCUCACACCACCGACAAUACCCGCCACGCGUGUCCUACGACUUUCGGCGUCUUCAUUUUCGUAUCCUAUCUGGCCAUCGACCUUUCUGCUGCUUCAAUAGCUUGCAGCACCUUACAAUCUUCCAACAUUAACUUCCCCAAUAAUCAAAACCCUCGGUGUCUCAUCUACUUCCUCGUUGCUCGUAGAUUCUCGCUUACCUUCCAGUGUCUUUCCACGUUCUGUCCUUCUUCUGCAUUCUCUGCAAGAUGACGGACCUAGACCACGGUAGUUCUCUUUCUUACAAUGCCGAUAACGCCGAGUCCACAGAAGCAUCGGGCAGCUGGCUUUCGGAGCACAUGGCCCCUGUGCGACAACUUCGUGUGAACGUAACAGAUUACGAAAACAUUAUAGAACCCGAUGUGUGGCUGCAAGUUAUCUAUACAUCAGCGGCACUAUUCUUCGUUCUCUCGCUGCGGGGUCUCAGUCGGCAAGAAAGCGCAAAAAUGGGGAAUAUUUACGGAGUAAUUGGCAUGCUCGUAGCGGUCAUAGGCACUCUAGUGUCGCCUUUCGUCUACGACAGAGCUCUGUGGAUAUUUUUCGUCGUCUGUGUCCCUCCUGCUGUCCUCGCCGUUAUUGUCGCUAUGCUGGUCAAGAUGACUUCGAUUCCCCAGCUCGUGGGAGCGUUGAAUGCAUUUGGAGGCCUAGCAGCCACCCUGGAAAGCUUCGCCCUUUAUUUCUCCCCCUACGAGGUAGCGAAACAAGAAGCAAUGCAAUCGGUGGGAGAGACACGGUACCUCCAAUUCCAGGUAUACCAGACCGUCUUCUACCUGAUUGGUGCCUCCAUUGGAAUGAUUACAUUUACAGGGUCGCUGGUGGCCUGCGGGAAGCUGUCAGGUUGGAUCGCGUCGAAACCCCGAGUGAUGCCGCUGCGUUGUUUCUGGAUGCCAGUCGUUCUCGCGCUGCUUUUGGCGGCAGGCGCGGUGGCGGGUGUCUUAGGUUUGGACAACGUCCCCGUUGGCACUGUGUGUCUGUCCCUCUGCACGUUUUUGUCCGCCGUGUACGGCGUCUGUUUCGUGCUCGCGAUCGGCGGCGCAGACAUGCCGGUGGUGAUUUCUGUGUUGAACAGCGGGAGCGGGUGGGCGGGGGUUUUCGCGGGUUUAACCCUUCAGAACAGCAUCAUCAUCAUCGCGGGCGCGUUUGUGGGCGCCUCAGGCAUCAUUCUGUCCUACGUGAUGUGCACUGCGAUGAAUCGGUCACUCUGCAACGUGCUGCUCGGCGGGUUCGGUGACACGGGCAAGGAAUCCAACGCGCAGGCGUUCGAGGGAGAAGCGAAAAUCGCGACCAGCGAACAAGUGGCCGCGUACCUUCUCGCCUCACAGAGUGUGAUCAUCGUCCCGGGGUACGGCAUGGCGGUUUCCCACGCUCAGUUUGCGGUUCACGAGCUAACUCAGCAACUGCGGGAGCGCGGAACUCAGGUCCGCUUUGCGAUUCACCCGGUCGCGGGGAGACUCCCAGGCCACAUGAACGUUUUGCUCGCCGAAGCAAACGUUCCGUACGACAUCGUCUUGUCCAUGGACGAAAUCAACGAAGACUUCCCUCAGACGGACACGGUGAUUAUCAUUGGCGCAAACGACACGGUGAACCCCGCCGCGCAAAAUGCGCCCGGGUGCCCGAUCUACGGCAUGCCUGUUCUGGAAGUUUGGAAGGCGAAGAAAGUCAUCGUGCUCAAACGGUCCAUGCGCGUCGGCUACGCGGGCGUCGACAACCCGCUGUUUUUCUAUCCGAACAGCGAAAUGCUGCUCGGAGAUGCCAAAGCGUCUCUUCAAACCCUGCUUACCGACAUGCAAGACAAACUGGACGCCCACCCUAUCGAAGCCAGCCGCCUUUCGUCCGAAACUCAAACCAAUAAAAGCGCCCGGAUUGCCGUCAACGUCGCGGGGGACAAAAGUGCCAAGCAGGAAAAACCACACGGCGCCGCCGCAGACAAGCCAGACGCAACCGAGACUGCAGGAACAGUAGGGGUAACAGUGACUGGAUCAGGAGCGCCAGGGGAGGUGCCACCAGUUGCCGAGAGUGCCCCGCCGCUGUUCUUCGUAGGUGUGUUGAAGGAGCGCAGGCCGUUGGAGCGGCGCGUGGCGAUGACGCCGAGUGUCGUGAAGAAGCUGCGAGAGCUCCAGCUGGGAUGCAUCAUUGAAAAGCAAGCAGGCGUUUCGGCGGGGUUUCUCGACGAACAGUAUAUGGAAUCGGGUGCGCUGAUUGCCGACACGGCUGAGGAGGUGGUUCGUCUGUCUCGCGUGGUUGUGAAAGUGACGACUUUCGAGUGCGACGAGGUCGCGCUAGCGAAGCCGCAGAACGACGACGAACAGAGCUCUCGCGAAAGCACGGAGCCCCCUCUCCCCGCGCUGGCCACUCCCGCCAACAAGGAGGACACUGAGUUAUACUCCGUCGAAGGGAACGGGAAAGGGCAUCGACUGCUUUCUUCGGAGAAAGUCUUUGUGGCUGGAUUCGUAGGUCCGAACACGGCGACCUCAGAGGUGUCGGCCGACUCGGCUCCUGAGGGUGAAAAAGGAAAACUUUCCCCGGUAGACGCACUUCUUCGCUCGGCGCUAGCCAUUCCCCAAGUCACACUCAUUUCGCUGGACGUUCUUCCGCGUCUGACGAUCAGCCAGAAAAUGGACGUUUUGUCGAGCACAGCGAAACUGGCGGGGUACCGCGCGGUAGUGGAGGCGAUCUCGCACUUUGGCCGGCUCAUGGGCCCGGAAAUCACAUCUGCGGGGAAAUACCCGCCGGCGAAAGUUCUCGUGAUCGGGGCAGGGGUCGCAGGUUUGCAGGCCAUUGGAGACGCACACCGACUAGGCGCUGAUGUCCGUGGCUUCGACGUCCGGCUCGAGUGCAAAGAACAGGUCGAAUCGAUGGGAGGGGAGUUUCUGGCCAUGACUUUUGAAGGGCCAGGUGAGAGCGGGCGGGCGACGGCGGGAGGGUACGCGAAGCCGAUGAGCGAGGAGUUUCUCCGGAAAGAAAUGGAGUUGUUUGCAGAGCAGUGUCGGGAAAUCGACAUUCUCAUCACCACCGCUUCGUUGCCGGGACGCCCAGCUCCGAAACUCAUCAAAAAAGAACACGUCGACACCAUGAAAGCCGGCAGCGUGAUUGUAGACCUCGCGGCUCCGACGGGGGGAAACGUGGAAGUCACGCGGCCAGGAGAAACGUAUCUGUACAACGGGAAAGUCACAGUUGUCGGGUGGACAGACCUCCCGUCGCGCAUGGCUCCACAGGCCUCAGAAAUGUUUGCUCGAAACAUUUUCAACUUGCUGGAACACAUGGGGGCCGGCCGAGACUUCUCUGUCAAUUUCGACGACGAAAUCAUCCGGGCAAUCACCGUUGCGAGACACGGACGAAAAACCUACCCACCACCUAGGAAAGAAAGCGAUCCAGAAAACACGAACGCGGGAUCCGCUCUGCUCACGGGUUCAAACACAGACGCAGCGCCUGUUGAGGAAAGUGCGCAGAGAUCCGAAAAUCUGUGGCACCUGGUCCAGAAGCGAAUGAGGAACCGUUGGCGAGGCAUUGUCGCGCCUCUCGACAUUUUAACGAUUCUCGUGAUUGCCGCGUUCACUGCACUCUUUGCAGCCACCGCGCCUCCUUCCUUUCCCCCGCUGCUCUUUAUCUUCUUUCUUGCGUGUUUCGUCGGAUAUCUGCUCGUCUGGAACGUCGCCCCCGCCCUCCACACGCCUCUCAUGUCUGUCACGAACGCCAUCAGCGGGACGGUCCUUGUAGGAGGCAUGCUCGGCAUCAGCGCGCGAGCGUACCAAACACUCGACAAAGAAUCCAUCUGCCCACACAACCACCUGGGGCCUUUAGAGCCCUUUUACUGCCACUCGCGAGGAACCGCAGCAAUCACGUUAAAUGCGAUCGCCAUUGCCGUUGCGUCCAUGAAUGUGUUUGGUGGAUUCGCUGUCACGCAACGCAUGCUCAACAUGUUCAGAAAGUCAACGCCCAAGUAGACAGCCGGAGCGAAAGCCACAAAAAGAAGCAAAGAAACACUCCAGCCUGCUUCGCUAUGCAUAUAGUUAUACAUAUGUUCAUUGCAUGUUGGCUGCGAAUGAAUAUUUGAAUGUAUACUUUUCCGUGACGCAGAAGUCUGCUUGAUUCCACUGCAUCUCUCUUCAUAGAUGCGUAGACAUGUGAAGGGAGAGUGCAGUCCUGUCUAUGAGGGAAUGGAGGUUUCCUGGAUUUCGUCUUCCAAAUGGACAGGUCACUGAAUAUCGAUCUGAGAUCUAUGUUGCCUUUCUUCCCGGUUCGUAAUGACUUCCGGUUUCUUCCCGUACAGGUAACGCCACAACAGCUGUGCUUAACGAUGCAGGUGAGAGUGUGUGGCAUUCGCAGCUGACUGCGUUCGGCGCUUUCCUUUUGAUUGGUGCAUUACACGCGUCUGCGCGAACAUGACUUCCGCGAUCAGCUGGCGAAAGGUUUUUCGCACGCGCUUCCAAAAAACGACGUUUUCCUCGCAGAUGCGUAGUCUACCCGUACAUAUCUAUGUAUAUGAACAACCAUUUACAUGCACAAAGACUGACAUAUUCGCCAACCUUUCCCAGUGCACUUGGACACACCUUCUAAUCUCCUCUGCAAAACUGUUCCAUCGAGAUAACUGCGCUGCUCCAAAA